AUGUCUGAAUUUAUUCGUGAAAUUAAUCGGCACUGUGCUCCGUACGAUGGCGACAUUAUUCACGCAUUGAAAUCAAAUUGUUCAAGACUGGUUAAACAUUUAGAGCAACCAGGAAAAGAAAAUAUCGACGAAGAAGAAGAGCCAUUUGCCGUAUUGGAGCAUCUUAUUAUGAAACGUUACAAACACUCUAAAAAGUUAUUGUUAAACCAGGAAACCGUCGAUGCCUAUCCGAUGAUACAAAUACAAACAAUAAAGGGUAUUAAAAAUUAUUCGAUCGUCAUUAAAUACGACACUUUGAUUACAACGAAUUCACAAUCUGAAGCUCUGGCUGUUUUGAUUGGUUCAUAUGAGAUAUUCGAUAUCGAAUACCAGGCAAAAGUACGGACCACAUUGGAAGUGUUAAAUGGUUUAUCAUUUAAAAAACGAUUAUUUUCAUUAUCAUUAGCUGCCAAACGAGAAAAAUUCAAUUCCACAAACAACACGGGUAUAUCACCAUUAUUCAUCUAUUCCUCUCCAUUUCGGAGUUCAGCCGUAAAGCUGAAUGCCAAUGAACGACUUGAUAAUAUUGAACACACUCUGAACAGUGUUGUUGACGCUGUGCACGGUUUUGCAUCACAACUGCAUGAUUUAUUUGGACAAAUAAAAGGAGUAGAAAAAUUAUUGAAAAUAGUCAAUGUUAAUACAGCUGUGCAUAAACAAUCAAUAAAUGUUUCACCACUACGUUCCCAUGCAUCAUCUACAUCGCUUACACCAUCAUCUCAACGAAAAUUGGUGAGAAAAAAUAUUCAAAUAGAAACCUCAAACGUUGAAACAACAUUACAAAUAACAGACUGUGAAAAUGCAUCGAUUCAAUGUCGUUCAUCAUCAUUUUAUAUUCUUACACCAAUUCGUCCACUUAUACAACUAAAUUGUUCAGAUUUAUUAUAUGCUCCUUAUAAUACAUCUUAUAUUAAACUACCAGAACAUAUGAAAAAAACAGGUUUAUCGAGAGCAGUUUGA